UAUGGUGUAGGGUGCAGUGUCCGGUCUUCAGGGACGUAGGGAAAGACAGCAUUUCUAAACCGGAGUCCUGGACCUCUUGCAUCUGAAUUUGUAUGGGAGUGGUGGGCUUGUUGGAAAUGCAGACCCCUGGCCCCACCCCAGGUGCUAGAGAAAGGAAGCACAGUGGGGCAGAGUUGAACCUCAAAGGACAAGGAGUGUUUAUGGGGUGGGGGAGCAUCCAGUCCCUCUGAGGACCCUGAGAGUGGUGGUUUCUAUCCAGGUCAGAGAUGGAUGAGGGAUAUUAGAGACCAGCACUGGGGAGGGAAGGGCCCAGCACAAAGAGGAUUCAGGCCCUGAAGGGGCCCUUGUGGGCUGGGGGCCAGGAGGAUGGAGCCUCAGCCUUAGCAUGCAGCUGCAGCCAGAAAGGAGGGCUGGGUAGGCAGAGGGACUUGAUCCUCUUCCCUGGUGAUGAGCACCCCCUUGGGGUGGUGCAUGGAACUGUGGGACUCUCUGUGUCCAGUUCCUUCUCUGCUUCCUUCCUGAGGCAGCAACACAUUACAUAGGGUUGAUCCAUCCAGCACAUUUAGCCCCUCUCUUCUCAGCCUCCCAGGCCCUCAUGCUCUGUGCCUUAUUCUCUGCCGCCACUGACACAGUCCUUCCAUUCGGCACCCCAGCCCUUCUUUCCACUCUCUCAGCCCCUGCCAGUCACCACCCUUCACUAACUCAGAACCUCAACCCUCAGUGUAAUUCAGCCCCUCUCAACCCCCAGUCUUUGAGCUCCCCCUCCCCCAUUCUCAUUGUCCUCACUAAAGUCCCCGCUCAGGCCCCUCAUUCUAAUUUAAACCCCCAUAUUCACCGAAGCGUUCAAUCCCUUUACACAAUCCCGACGCCAGCAGAGAGGACCCUAGUCAAUCUCCCCGAGGGGAAUCCCCGGUCGCCUCUCCCGUGCGCCGGGCGGACCGAGGCCCCGGCGCCCCCUGGUCCGGCCGGUCCCGCCCCAUCCCGGCGGGCUGAGUCAGGCGGCAGGAACUGGGCGGGGGGCGGUGUCGGGAGGAGCCGGAGCCCGAGCCAGAGCCGCUGGGAGCGAGCGCGGAGCCCAGCCGGGGCCGGCGGGGACGCGGGGGGCGAGCGCCCGGCGAGGGCCAUCCCGGACCUACCAUGAGUGCCAAGAAGAAAGGGAGCCCCGCACGGACUCAUUCCAUGAUGUCCCUGUCGGUGCGGCCGCAGCGCCGCCUGCUCAGCGCCCGGGUCAAUAGGAGCCAGUCCUUCGCAGGUGUCCUCGGCAGCAGUCACGAGCGGGGGCCCAGGAGCUUCCCGGCCUUCAGCCCCCCGGGGCCCCCACGGAAGCCCCCAGCGCUCUCCCGAGUGUCCAGAAUGUUUUCCGUGGCACACCCAGCCCCGAAGGUGCCGCAGCCUGAGCGACUUGAUGAAGUGUAUGCUGCGCUGAAGCGAGGCUUGAGGGCCUACUUGGAAGUACACCAGCAAGAGCAGGACAAACUUCAGGGGCAGAUAAAGGAGUCCAAGAGGAACUCCCGCCUGGGCUUCCUGUAUGACUUGGACAAGCAAGUCAAGUCCAUUGAACGCUUCCUACGACGGCUGGAGUUCCACGCCAGCAAGAUUGAUGAGCUGUAUGAGGCAUACUGUGUCCAGCGGCGUCUACGGGAUGGUGCCUACAACAUGGUCCGUGCCUACAGCACUGGAUCCCCAGGGAGCCGCGAGGCCCGGGACAGCCUGGCUGAAGCCAGUCGGGGGCAUCGAGAGUACACGGAGAGCAUGUGUGUGCUGGAGAGCGAGCUAGAGGCACAGCUGGGCGAGUUCCACCUCCGGAUGAAAGGGCUGGCUGGCUUCGCCCGGCUGUGUGUAGGUGAUCAGUAUGAGAUCUGCAUGAAGUAUGGUCGUCAGCGCUGGAAACUCCGGGGCCGCAUUGAGGGUAGUGGGAAGCAGGUGUGGGACAGUGAGGAAACCAUCUUUCUGCCUCUGCUCACAGAAUUCCUGUCCAUCAAGGUGACAGAGCUGAAGGGCCUGGCCAACCACGUGGUCGUGGGCAGCGUGUCCUGUGAGACCAAGGACCUGUUUGCCGCCCUGCCGCAGGUUGUGGCUGUGGACAUCAAUGACCUCGGCACCAUCAAGCUUAGCCUGGAAGUCACAUGGAGGUUGUUGGGGCUGAGGGGUUUGAGGCCAGGGCCAGGGGGACUGUGGGACCUACUAACAGCCCCUUCCUUCCCCAGUCCCUUCGACAAGGAUGACCAGCCCUCAGCCACUUCUACUGUCAACAAGGCCUCCACAGUCAGCAAGCGCUUCUCCACCUAUAGCCAGAGCCCACCAGACACACCCUCGCUUCGGGAACAGGCCUUCUACAACAUGCUGCGGCGGCAGGAGGAGCUGGAGAAUGGGACAGCGUGGUCCCUGUCAUCCGAAUCUUCAGAUGACUCCUCCAGCCCACAACUCUCAGGCGCAGCCCGCCACUCCUCAGCCCCCAGGCCCCUGGUGCAGCAGCCAGAACCCCUGCCCGUCCAAGUUGCCUUCUGUAGGCCUGAGACCCCCACUUCUGGGCCCGUGGAUGAGGAGCGGGCCAUGGCCCCAGUCCUAGCCAAUGGGCACAUCCCCUACAGCCGGACUCUGAGCCACAUCAGUGAGGCCAGUGUGGACGCUGCCUUGCCUGAGGCUUCAGUGGAGGUUGUGGACCUAGAAAGCCCAGCCUGGGUACCUAGCCUGCCUGGACACCCAGAUCCCACCCAUGGAGAACACCCUCAUCCUGUCACGCCUGCCCUGGACCCUGGCCUUUCUGCCACAAGUCCUACCCUCCGUACAGUAGGGCCUGCCCACACAGCUGCAGACCCCGCCCCAUCUACAUACCCAGACUCAGUUCACAAGGCCACUGACUCCAGCCCUCCUGAACUGCCAGGCCCUACUCUCACCACUACAAGCUCUACCUGUAGAGCCACAAGCCCCACCUACAGUGCUACAGGCUUCUCCCACACUACCACAGGCUCUACCCACAAGCCCCCAGUCUCUGCCCUCACCACUACAGGCCCUCCCUCCAGUGCUGCAGUCCCUCCCCCCAACAGCACAGGCCUAAUCCAGACUAUCACAAGCCCCACCCACAUGGUCACAAGCUCCACCCACAAGCCAAUACUCUCUACCUUAAUUACUACAGGCCCAGCUCAGACCAGCAGAAGCCCCACACACACGACUGGAGGUUCCACAAACACUACUGCAAGCGCUACCUGUACAACUGCAAGUCCCACCCAAACUGUCCCAAGCCCUCCCCAUACUUCCCCAAGCCGUACUCACAAAACCGGGAUGUUAGCUGGCCCUACUACAAGUCCUACCGCUAAUGCUACAGGUCCAGUCCAGACCUCCACAAGUCCCAUCGACUCUGCCACAAGCCCCCCCCUUAAAACUGUAAGCCCCUCCACUUCUCCAGACCUUGUUACUUUCACCAGCCCCUCUGUGCAUGCAGACCCCACCCUCCCAGGCAGGAACUCCUUGCCCUGUGGCUCUCUAGUCUCCACACCCUGCACUCAGGCAGAGCCCAUAGCUCCCAGCACCUACCAAAGUCCUACCUGUUCUGGUAGGGAACCCCUCAUAAGACCUGUCCCAAAUUCCCCAGGACCCAUCCUUCAGAGCCCAAGUCCCCCUCCCUCACCCCUAGCCCCUGUACCCCAGGAUUCAGACCUUAGCCUGGCUAUGGCUGCCCAAGCCCCAGUCCCAGGAGCAGCUGGAGGAGCUGGGGACAGGAGGCUGGAGGGGGCUUUGGGGGCCCUGGCGGCUGCCCUGGAUGACUAUCGAGGCCAGUUCCCUGAGCUGCAGGGCCUGGAGCAGGAGGUGACCCGACUGGAGAGUCUGCUGAUGCAGAGACAAGGCCUGACCCGCAGCCGGGCCUCCAGCCUUAGCAUCACCGUGGAGCAUGCCCUGGAGAGCUUCAGCUUCCUCAACGAAGAUGAAGGUGAAGACAAUGACUGUCCUGGAGACAGGCCCCCAAGCAGCCUGGAGCCUGGGGCUGAGGACGGCCUAGACUCACCCAGUGCCCACCCCCUCAGCACAGGGUGUCCAGCUCUGGAUGCUGCCUUGGUCCAGCACCUGUACCACUGCAGCUGCCUCCUGCUGAAACUGGGCACAUUUGGGCCCCUGCGCUGCCAAGAAGGACAGGCCCUGGAGCGGCUGCUGCGGGAGGCCCGAGUGCUCGAGACAGUAUGCAAGCUCAGCAGGCGAUGGGAGAUCCCUGCUACCUCUGCGGAGGAAGUGGUACAGUUCUCGGCCUCUCGGCCCGGCUUCCUGACCUUCUGGAACCAGUGCACAGAGAGACUCAGCCCCUUCAUCUGCCCUGUGGAGCGGGUACUUCUCACCUUCUGCGAUCAGUAUGAUGUCCGCCUCUCCCUGCGCCAGCCAGGCUUAGCCGAGGCUGUGUGUCUCAAGUUCCUGGAGGAUGCCCUGGGGCAGAAGCUGCCCAGGAGGCCCCAGCGAGGCCCUGGAGAGCAGUUCACCAUCUUCCAGUUCUGGAGUUAUGUCGAGGCCCUAGACCACUCCACCAUGGAGGCCUUUGUGACCGAGACUGCAGAGGAGGUCUUACUGGUGCGGAAUCUGAACUCAGAUGACCAGGCUGUGGUUCUGAAGGCCCUGAGGUUGGCGCCCGAGGGGCGGCUACUUAGGGAUGGGCUACGGGCCCUCAGCUCCCUGCUUGUCCAUGGCAACAACAAGGUCAUGGCUGCUGUCAGCACCCAGCUCCGGAGCCUGUCGCUGGGCCCUGCCUUCCGGGAGAGGGCCCUCCUGUGCUUCCUGGACCAGCUCGAGGAUGAGGAUGUACAGACACGAGUGGCUGGCUGCCUGGCCCUGGGCUGCAUCAAGGCUCCUGAGGGCAUCGAGCCCCUCGUGUACCUGUGCCAAACAGACACGGAGGCCGUGCGGGAAGCUGCCCGGCAGAGCCUGCAACAGUGUGGGGAAGAGGGGCAGUCUGCCCACCGGCGCCUGGAGGAGUCGCUGGACACCCUGCCCUGCAUUUUUGGGCCCGGCAGCAUGGCCAGCACAGCUUUCUAAACAGCCCCCCCCCCCCACUACCCCCACUUUCAGAGCUCACCAGGCACUGGGAAGGAGGGCGGGGGCUGGCUCCGGACACCCCUCCCCCACAGAUUCCUAUCAAUGAAAAUCUAAUAUAUUCUUCUGUUACCCCUGGGGUUGGUAGAGUCAGUGCCUCCCAGCCUCGGCUCAGCACACCCCUUGCCACAAAUCAGUGUCCGGGGCCUGGCCACCCUGCCUCUAUCACCCAUGUCCUUUGGUUUUGUAUUUUAUUUACAGAGUUUUACAGAAAAUAAAAAAGCAAAAUGCCUUUCCUAUA